AUGGCCACCCAGCCACCAGCACGUCUCGACAUCACGACUACGUACCGGAUGAAUUCAGGAUAUCAUAUCCCGGCCCUUGGCUAUGGCGUAUAUCAAACCCCCGCUGCCUCCUGCGAAGAAGUCGUCCUUCACGCCUUCCGGACUGGCUAUCGACAUGUCGAUUCAGCACGAGCGUACCGCAAUGAGCAACCAUGUGCUGACGCAAUUCGUUCCUCUGGCCUGAAGCGAGAAGAAAUCUUCUUCACAAGCAAAAUUCCACCACGGAGUAUGGGUUACGAAGAGGCAAAGAAAUCUAUUGAGUCAUCAUUCAUCCAGACUGGACUGGACUACAUCGACCUAUACCUGAUCCACUCUCCCUACGGCGGCAAAGAAGCCAGGUAUGGCACAUGGAAAGCUCUUGCCGAAGCCCAAAAGGCUGGAAAGAUCCGCUCUCUCGGCGUGUCUAACUAUGGUGUUCACCAUCUCGACGAGUUAGAAGAGUACAUCAUAUCCUCUAGCGUUGGCGGCACUAUUGACGUCGGUCAAUGGGAAAUCCACCCUUGGCUCCCGCGAAACGACAUUGUGCAAUGGGCCCGCAAAAGAAACGUGGUUGUCGAAGCGUACUGUCCCAUAGUCCGCGGCGAGCGCUCGAAUGAAAAGGCCCUGAAAUUCCUGAGUCAAAAACAUGGGAAAACCUGGGCGCAAAUCUUGCUUCGAUGGAGUCUACAAAAGGGAUAUGUACCAUUACCAAAGAGUGUGACUCCCAAAAGGAUUGAGGAAAAUGCCGCUAUCUACGACUUUGAACUCGAUGAUGAAGACAUGCAGAGCCUCAAUUUCCCCGAUUCGUAUGCCCCGUGCAGCUGGGAUCCGACUACGAGCCACGACUAG